GAAGAUGUGGCCAGGAGCCCCAGGCAUCUGUGAAAGACUGGUGGCAUGGCCAGGCCCAGCUGUGCCUGGGGGUGGGCGGGAACCAGGGGGACAGAAAUCAGUUCCUUGUGCAGGCAGAAAUGCCUGGGUGAAGUGUGGGAGUGCCUCCCCAAAUCCAGAGCCUUUAGUCCAUUUUCAGAGUGUGCCUGGCAGUCUGUUCUGCUGGAGCUACAGUGGCUGGGUAGAAGCUAAUUACACCAUGUCACCAGAGCAUCCACCUGGUUGCUGUGGGAACCACAUGCCAUACUUCCUGGCCCCCUGGGGCUACUUACUGCCAGUGGGUGCCAGCAGGGAGGGCGUUGGGAAGGACUGGGUGAGGUGGGGAACUGCCUCAGCUCUACUUUGGUUGGGUUGGACUGGAUGAGCUUAGAGGUCUUUUCCAACCUGAAAGAUUUUGUGAUUCCACUAUUCCUGCACAGCCCCCAGUACAUCCACAUCCCGUGGGCUUGGCCCCUGGCAGCUCAGUACCUUGCAGUGCUUGUCCUGUGCUCUGCCCUUUCAGGGACUCUCAGGAUGGGCCCAAGUGCCCAACUGGGCCCUGGAUGUAGCAGCUGGUGCCUUGCAUCCUGCUGGGAAGGGAGCCUGCCAUCCUACUCCUGGCCCCAGAAGCUCAUUACUGAUGCUCCCGCCUCCACCGCGGUCCCUGUGGACAGAGCGAGUGCAGGAGGCUCUAAUGGCUCUGAGCAGCUCUUGGUGGAGGCUGCGAUGGAGGCGGGAGCAGGAGGGGCUGUGGUUUCUGCCUCCACUGGAGCCAGAACUGCCUCUGUCCAGGGCUGGCUGGGAAGAUGCUGGAUGGGCACCUGCUUCAGCUGCUCCUUACCACGGCUCUGUUCCCCAGCAUCCUUGGGACAGGUACAGCCCCAUUCCUGCCUCCCGUUCCCUGAACCCAUCCCUGCUGCGGCCUUGUCUGCUGAGGGUUGAUCCCUGCCAGCCCAGAAUGGAGGAUGGGGGGGUCUGUGCUGGGAGGCAGUGGUCUGCAGUGAGAGGUGGUGGUCCAUACUGGGGAUGGUGGCCCAGGUGUGGUGCUGCUCGGGUUACUCCCACUGCAGCACAUCUGUGGGGUCUAAGUGCUGUCCCUGGGGGGUGAUGGGGAAUAGGGAGGGGGUUCAGCAUGGAGGAUGAAGACUGACCUGAUGUCCUGGGGGCUUUCCCCUCCUCUCUGCCACCAUAACCGCCCUUGGCCACAUUUGCCUUUGCGGAGGCCUUGGCGAGCACUGGAGGUCACGGCAUACACAGGGCCAGAAGGCAGUGCCAGGGGGAGCUCUGCUCAGCCUACAGUGGGUGUAGCCCACUCCGAGGGCUGAGCUGGGGACCCCUGUGCCACAUUAGCUGGACUCCCUGGGGCUGAUGAGCCCUCAGCCCGGGCCAGCCCAGCCCUGCUGGGACUGGGAGGGCUCUGCUCUGCUGCAGAGACCAUGUCACUGGAGCCGGCAGCCUGUCCUACAGGCACCGCACAGUUUCUGUGGUCCCUGCAGUGGGGACUUGUUCCCGGCCCUCUCCUAUCUCCCUGCUUCAGUUUUGGUGCAGAACCUGCACCUCUGCGAGGGCUACGUGGGCCCUGAUGGCCUCUCCCACCCCGGAUUCUACUGCCCACGGCUGACGGACCCCCCCAGCCACCGCUACUGCUGCCAGCCCAGUCUGGACGCUCUCAAGUCCUGCUGCUCUCAACUGGCCCUGGAAGUCCUCACUGGAGUGAACCUCUCCAGCCUGGCAAGCCCUGGUCUACUCCGGCAUCCGCUGGCCCUGCCUUUCGUGGGGCUCUAUGGGCUCCUAGUCCUGCUGCUUAUGGCCAUCGACCUCUGCCACUUCUACUGGACCCGCCGGUGCCACCUCCGCCACCUGCUGCCCCGUGCCUGUCGUGUGCCUCGUGGACCCCCAGGGCGGCACCUGGCUGGACCCCGGCUUCCCCACGGUGCCCCCAGACUGACACGGCCCGGCCAGGGCUGCUGAGCGGC